CCCGCACUGUGCUCAUUAUUCCACCUUGUGUCUGUCAAUGAUCGCAAGGUUACCAUUACCACUGCGCUGGCAUCAACAAUGGAGCCGUGAUACUCCAAAUGUGGCGAGGACCGAGAGCAAACGUGCGCUAGAACAAUUCCCCAACUGCAAACGAGAAUAUAGACGAGGAAUAACCCCCGAGUCUCAGAGAGUCAUUACUUCGGAGUAAUCGAUGGACUAUGUUUAUUGACACUUCGAGGGGGAAAUCAUGAGGAAUCUGGAGGGCAAAGUCGUCGUCCUGGGCUCGCAGGGUGUCGGAAAGACAAGUAUGAUAACGAGAUACGCCGGGAACGACAUGAACAAGCCGAGUCAAACGAUAGGCGCAUCCUUCUUCACCUGUAGGAUAAACCUCCAGGAUGCGAGGGUGAAGUUACAAGUGUGGGACACGGCGGGUCAGGAGAGAUUCAGAUCAAUGGCACCUAUGUACUACAGAAACGCCAAUGCAGCACUGCUGGUAUUCGAUAUCACACAGUAUAAGACGUUCACAGCGAUAAAGAGUUGGGUGAAUGAGUUGAAGAGAAAUAUCGAGGAGCCCCUGGUGCUUGUGGUUGUAGGGAAUAAGUGCGAUUUGGCUGAGGAGAGGACUGUUGACCCCGAGGAGGGGAGAAAGUAUGCGACAAUUAUUGGUGCUUCUUAUCAUGAGGCUUCGGCGUUGCAUGACGAGGGGAUUGAUAAAGUCUUCUUGACUACUGCUUGUGAACUUUUAAGAUUAAGUAACGGAAAAUCCGACUCGCCACACCUUCGAGUCCAGGAUUCCCCGAGUUCCGGCUUCGGUAGCUCGGACUCCGAGUACCCCCUGACCCCAUCCAGCGAGGAGAGCCUCGCAAACUCAUCAAUUGCCCACGGAAUCCACGAGAGGCCGCCGGCUUGCUGCUGAAGUCAUUUCAAAAACUUAGCAGAGACUGGGUACUUGUACAUUACUAGAUCUAAAUAUCCUAGACCUCGAAGAUUUUUUGUUCGUUCAUUGACCUAGAGAAUUUCACUGAUUAUACCACAGCAUGAGUUCUCGGAUCGCACCCUGAUUUCAUCGUACAAUUUUUUUUGUAUAAAUCUGAAGUCAUUAUUUUUCUAUUUAACUUGUGAUUAAAACUGCAUUUAUA